CCCUCUUUGAUGAGGCGAUCAUCAUAAACAUCAAACAGGGAAAAUGGCUGUUCACGGAGGAGGAAGAGAUGAAGGUUUAACAGUCCUUGCUAGAGAAGCAGAGUCCUUAAAGACUAAAUUGGAAGAGGAAAGGAAGAAACUAAAUGAUAUAGAAUUGAUGGUGGUAGCUGAGAAGCUUGAAGCACUCCCUCAGCUGAGUAUGAAACCUAGGCGCAUCCUUAAAGGACAUCAAGGAAAAGUGCUUUGCAUGGAGUGGGCGAGGGAUAAACGACAUUUGGUCAGCUCAUCCCAAGAUGGAAAGGUGAUAGUUUGGGAUGCAUUCACCACUAAUCGGGAACACAGCAUCACCAUGCCAACAACGUGGGUUAUGGCUUGUUCUUAUGCACCUUCUGGAACUAUGGUUGCUUGUGGGGGACUUGAUAAUAAAUGUUGUGUAUACAUGUUGAACCAAGAAGAAGAUCUGUCAAGUAAAAAGAGAGCCGUUGCUAUGCAUACCAGCUAUGUAUCUUGUUGUACUUUCACAAAUUCAGAUCAACAGAUACUUACAGGAAGUGGUGAUAGUACCUGUGCAUUGUGGGAUGUUGAAAGUGGUCAGCUGUUGCAGAGUUUCCAUGGUCAUGAUGCUGAUGUCAUGUCACUUGACCUUUCACCCUCAGAGGCCUGCCAUACUUUUGUAUCUGGUGGCUGUGACAAGCAAGCAUUAGUUUGGGAUAUGAGGAAUGGUCAGUGCGUACAGUCGUUUGAGGGACACCAGUCGGACAUCAAUGCAAUCCGUUUCUUCCCUAGUGGAGAUGCAUUUGCUACAGCCUCAGAUGAUGCUACGUGCCGUUUAUAUGAUUUACGUGCUGAUAGAGAGAUCAAUUGCUACGGCAAAGAAAGCAUUAUCUUUGGUGCAACGUCAUUGGACUUUUCACUCAGUGGUCGUUUAUUAUUCGCUGGCUAUAACGAUUAUUCGGUCAACAUCUGGGACACGCUGAAAGCCACCAGGCUAGCAAUGUUGAACGGUCAUGAGAAUAGGGUAAGCUGUCUGUGCAUCUCCCCAGAUGGCACAGCUCUGUGUACUGGAAGCUGGGACUACACUCUUAGAAUUUGGGCCUAAAUAAAAAUGACAGUAGGGUGAGCUGUCAUGCAUCUGCCCCGAUGACACAAACUUGUGCACUGAAAGCUGGGACUUCAUUUCGGCCUAACUGACGGUUUUACCAACAUAAAAAUUUAACAGUUUCAUAUAGUAGGUGUAUAGUUAGUGUUUUUAUAGUACCAGGAGUCGCCUACAAAAAAUCAAAUGUGUGUAUUGUGGAUGGCGACAUUUUAAGUUUAUGUUUAUUUCCUGAAAAGUACUGGAAAGAUGAGGUGAUGUACGAAUUUGCCGAUUUGUUUUAGGCAGCAAUAAAUAAACCCAUCAAAUUUUUAAAUAGUAUGCUAUGUGGCAAUUCCUCAAAUAAUGUGAAAUGGUGUUCCUGUAAAGCAAGGAGCACACUAUCAAAUGUUUGUCAGGGUUUGUUCAGAUAUAAUCUGAUUCAUAAAGCAUUGACCAACUUCCAACAAACAUGGAAAUUUACACAACUUGUUUGGUCAGGUAUUAUAUAGACACAUCCAAUUGUGAGUUCUUGAAAGGGGACCAUUUCUGGGGACCUUCUUGGGCUCCCUCACACUCCCCCACACGUCUUGUUUAUGUCAUGUUUUGGCAAGUCUUUUGAAUAGAUAACAAAACACAGUACGUAUGUCAAAUUCCAGUAUUUACAUCAAACAUUGUCCAUUGUGUAGGCCAGAUAAAAAUCUGACAGAUUAAAAUCUGCUUAUAGUUAAAUUUUUAUGUGUUUGGUAGGAAGUUGAAAGAUCUUAGAUAUUUAAAUAGUUGUUAAGAUUUUUGAUAUUCAUUUAGAAACAAUGUGCAAUUUCUUGUGGUAUUUAUCUUUGUAUAGAACAAUGAUAUAUUAUAUGUAUGUAUGAAAGAAAAUGAUGAGAGUGUUCUAAGAUUUAGCAAUUAUUAAUACGAUAUUGUAUCAUAUUUAACAGUGUAACUUUGAAUAGAUUUAUGUAAUGAGAAUCAGCACAAGCAUUGUAUUAGUAUGCCUAAUUAAAUAAGAUUGGAAAUGCUGUUAAAGUGAACGAAUGCCCAUCAGAAGAUGCAGUCAGUAAACAAAUGUUUAUUAAUAGCAUUGCAAUUAAUAGAAUGGACCAUUUAGGUAUAUAGUACUCUUUUGUUGGGAACAAUAGUUUUAUAUACAUGUGUACAUUAUUAAUAAUGGGAUGAAAUAGACCCAUCUUUUUGUUACCUUAGUUUUUACUUUUAUUUUUUUUGUAUAUCAGUUGACACUUGAUGUUGAUUAUUAAAUAUGUUUAUUAAUAUAUAUUAUGGUUAUUUAUAGUUAUGUUAACAUCAUUCCCUUUUAGAUUUUAUUUUUCAUGUUUUGUUGGUGCUUCGUUCCAUCAGUUUUUGGUGCUUGAAAUAUAAAUGAAAGUGAUAGUUCAUUUAAUUAUGAUAACAUAUGUUGGAAUUAGUUUUUUAAAGUACUUCUCUAAUUAUUGUCGACAGAAUUUAUGGAAUUAUUACACAUUUUGAGACAACAAAUGUAAAAAUUCAGUGGUUUUUUCCUGAGCUGCAUCGUCAUAAAAGCACACCGAAUAAAAUUAUAUAUAUCGUAUCUUAGCCAAUCAUGUGAGUGAUCUUUAGGAUGAUUUAUUUCAACAGGCAAAUAAGGAUAAAUGUGUGGCUGGAGUUAAUUAUGACAUCAACUUUUGGGAGAUCCACUUUAUUUAUUUGUGAUAUGUAUUAAAGUGUACAGGUGCAAUAGUAUUUUUAUUAAAUACCAGUGGGGAUCCAGAACAGUAACAUGGAAAAUCCCCACCCCCAGACUUCCACCCUCGUCCACCCUCAGUUUGAAUAUAGUAAACAACCCAGCGAAAAUUGUUUGAAGGCCAAAAAAAGGUCUACAAAACCUGUAUAUUAUUAAUUCUGUAUCAUACUGCAGAAUAUAUGUAAGCCAUUCUAUCGAGUUAGGCACCUCUCUGUGUGAUACCUGAGUUGUCUAUUUUAGUGGGUGAGCUUUUUCUUAUGUCUAUUGUACUGCUAGGGGUUCAUUUUCAAAUGAAGAUGGGGGCACAUAGGCCCUUGGAUUCAGUUUUUGAACCCAUAUCAGGAAUAUUUCAAUUUUGGUGUUAAAAACUAUGUGUAUGGAGUAACAUCGCUUUUACGAUUCGAACUCUUAUUAAUAUUCCUGAACAAACACACUGUGACCUGACUAAUAAUGAUUUUGUCCAGACUACAUUAGUGCAUGUUUGUUCUAUUAGAUGUAUUUGGUCAACUCUUCUAAGUAGAUGAAAUGAGUUGUAAGUAUGUUAUUUUACUUCAUAAGUAUUCAGUUUACUGUAUCCAUAUAUCACAUGGGAACUUAAAUUUAUCAACUAUUAUACUAUUUUUGUUUUAAUGAUUCGUAGAGAUAAACCAAAAUUUUACAUAUUACCUUUUGAAACUUUAUGUUAUAGAAUCAUUUUAACAGUCUGAUGACCCUACCCUACAUAUAUUUUACCUCAAGAUUUCCACUGUUAACAAGUGCAUGUUAUUAUUAAAGUAUUUAUGAAUUUGACAUUUUAAGACAACUUGGCAUUUUUAUUUUAGCAUAUUUUGUUGAGAAACAUGCUGAGUGUUAAUUUUCUAUACAGGGCCCAAUUUUGAUUUAUAAACCAACUCUCAGAAUGGGAGAUUUAGUAGGGAGGACACCGGCGGCUCCAGAAAUUUUCUGAUAGGGUGUCCGACAUGUUCAGCAAGGUGAUCGAACCAAAUGGCCAACUAGAGCCAGGGUCUCAGAAUGCAGAGUCCCUGGUAGGGUUAGCGGGAAGUUAUGGCUUAGUAUGUCAGCACAGAGGGAUGGACCAUUUGGUAAAUAAGUAGGGCUUAUGUAUUCUACUAAAAUACAGUAUAUAUCGCAAGGACAAGCCAAACCAGUCACUCGUCGCAAAUCCUGUUUCAGAGAUAUUGGCCAAAACAUGCUGGAAUAUCAAAUUUUUUUGAAAUCUAUUUUAUUGCACUAAACUAACUUUUAUUUUCCCCAUUUCAAUGUUAAAAUAACAGUUUCUAACGAUUUGGUGAUGGUUUCUGCUUGAGAAGUGCCCAAAAUCAAGGCUGAUUUCUCAAAUAUUGUUCUUUAAACAGGUGUAUGUUUAAACGGUUGUAACUUCUUAAGGAAAUGUCGGAUUUAAAUUAUUCUUUUACCAUUUUAUAGCAAUCAUUUUACUGUUGAACACUAUUAAUAACUAAAAAUUGAAUUUUGUUACGAUUGACUUGGUUUGGCUUGUCUUUGCCACAUAUAUUACUACUGCACCAGCGGAAUUUACAAUUAUAAUUUUUCCCUAAGUUUAAUAAAUGUUUCAUAAAUAUAUAUAUUUAUUUGCAUGCUGUAUUAACAAGUUCUAUUAUAUGUAGAUUGUAUUUAUGAUUUGAGAUGGUAUUAAAAUUCAAUCAUCUUUGACAAAUUUA